UCUCACACAAGAGUGUUGAGCCGCCAUAACUGCUGCCGCCGCCGCAGUUGCGAAUACUGCAUCGCUCUUUAGCUGCCUGCAAGGUGCAGCUAAGAUUCGGUGUCGCUUCCCCGUGCCCCUUUGCAGUUUCUGCUUUACUCCCACUAGCACAGCCCGCUCUUCCACUCUUUCUGGCUCGCUGACUCCGCUCCUUCCCUGCCACAUAUCAGGUUCGCAAACCAUGGAUCCGGGUAGCAGCAGCAGCGACUCGGCGCCCGAAUUCUGGGACCAAGUGGACAUGGAGUCUCCAGGUCCAGCUCUGAGCGGGAAUGGAAUGCCCCUUGCAGUAGCUGAGUCCCAGCGUGAGCAUCUCAGCUCGGCCUUCAGCAGUCGGCUCAAUGUCAACGCCAAACCCUUCGUGCCUAAUGUUCACGCUGCGGAGUUCGUGCCGUCCUUCCUGCGGGGCUCUGUGAAGCCGCCCACCCCAUUGCCUGGCUUGGCUAGCGAUGGUGAAACUUGCACCGGCGCGGGAGACCUGCAAGGUAAAAGGCUGGGACGGGGGGCACCUGUGGAACCUUCCAAAGAUGAACUCAUAAUGUGUGAAGGUUCCAAUUCAGCUGUUAGCAUGGAAUUUUCAGAACCUGUUGUAGAAAAUGGAGAGGUGGAUAUGGUCCUAGAAGAAUCCUGGGAGCACAGUAAAGAAGUAAGUGAAGCAGAACCUGGGGGUUGUUCCUUGGGAGAUUCAGGACCUCCAGAAGAAAGUGGCCAGGAAAUGAUGGAGGAGAAAGAGGAAAUGAGAAAAUCAAAAUCUCUGGUCGUACCCUCGGGUGCUUCUAAGAAAGAACAUGUAAAUGUGGUGUUCAUUGGGCAUGUAGAUGCGGGCAAGUCAACCAUUGGAGGACAGCUAAUGUUUUUGACCGGAAUGGUUGACAAAAGAACACUUGAGAAAUAUGAAAGAGAAGCUAAGGAAAAAAACAGAGAAACCUGGUAUUUGUCCUGGGCCUUAGAUACUAAUCAGGAAGAACGAGACAAGGGUAAAACUGUAGAAGUGGGUCGUGCCUAUUUUGAAACAGAAAAAAAACACUUCACAAUUCUAGAUGCUCCUGGCCACAAGAGUUUUGUACCAAAUAUGAUUGGUGGUGCUUCUCAAGCUGAUUUGGCUGUACUGGUUAUUUCUGCCAGAAAAGGAGAGUUUGAAACUGGAUUUGAAAAAGGUGGACAGACAAGAGAACAUGCAAUGUUGGCAAAAACAGCAGGGGUAAAACACUUAAUAGUGCUUAUUAAUAAGAUGGAUGAUCCCACAGUGAAUUGGAGCAGUGAGCGAUAUGAAGAAUGUAAAGAAAAACUGGUGCCCUUUUUGAAAAAAGUUGGCUUCAGUCCAAAAAAGGACAUUCACUUUAUGCCUUGCUCAGGACUGACUGGAGCAAAUAUUAAAGAGAAAUCUGAUUUCUGCCCUUGGUACACUGGAUUACCAUUUAUUCCAUAUUUGGAUAAUUUGCCAAACUUCAACAGGUCAAUUGAUGGACCAAUUAGACUGCCUAUUGUGGAUAAGUACAAGGAUAUGGGUACUGUGGUCCUGGGCAAGCUGGAAUCAGGAUCCAUUUUUAAAGGCCAGCAGUUGGUGAUGAUGCCAAACAAGCACAAUGUGGAAGUUCUUGGAAUACUUUCUGAUGAUACUGAAACUGAUUUUGUAGCCCCAGGUGAAAACCUCAAAAUCAGACUGAAGGGGAUUGAAGAAGAAGAGAUUCUUCCAGGCUUCAUACUUUGUGACCCUGGUAAUCUUUGCCAUUCUGGACGCACAUUUGAUGUUCAGAUAGUGAUUAUUGAGCACAAAUCUAUCAUAUGUCCAGGUUAUAAUGCGGUGCUGCAUAUUCAUACUUGUAUAGAGGAAGUUGAGAUAACAGCCUUAAUCUCCUUGGUAGACAAAAAAUCAGGAGAAAAAAGUAAGACUCGCCCCCGUUUUGUAAAACAAGACCAAGUGUGCAUUGCCCGUCUAAGGACAGCAGGAGCUAUCUGCCUUGAAACAUUUAAAGAUUUUCCUCAGAUGGGUCGUUUUACUUUAAGAGAUGAGGGUAAGACCAUUGCAAUUGGAAAGGUUCUGAAACUGGUCCCAGAGAAGGACUAAGCAAUUUUCUUGAUGUCUCUGCACAAAACUGUGGGGAGAAUUAACAGCAAAAGGUCACCUUUUUACUUGCUGCCCAUUAACAGACUUUUCUCUAUAUUUUGCAAACAGAAAUUUCAAAAAAAAAUCCAUGUUUUGUCAGCUUUCUCAUGUUGGGAUCUCAGUUAUGUCACUGUUGGAAUAUACCUUCAAGUUUCUUUCUCCUAUACUACUCUGCUUUCUUGGACAGAUUAGUAAUAGUUUGUAAGUGAUGUGGAUGUAAUUGUCUAUAAUAAUGAAAAAUUAAUAUAUUUUUAAUUUUUCAUUUUCCUUUAGGAUAUCUAGACAUCCCUUGUUCCAUGAAGACCAAAUCAGUGUGUCAGUGCGUAUGUGUGUGUGUACAGGUUAAAAGAAGACAACUACAUGUGAAUAAAAUACUCCAUUUGAAACUC